AUGUUGAGUUCCCAACGCUUUAAAACCCAUAUUAUCUAUCUGAAGGGACUCAUAAGAGCAUCGAUUCCAACCCCAGAAGCCAAUCCAUUUGCAUUAACACUCUCUUUGAAAUACAGCUCCAUCACUUCAGAGCGACACUCAUUCACCGUUUCAUACCUCAUUAACAAUUGCGCCUUCUCGCCAGAAACUGCUCUCAAGGCUUCCAAGCUUGUUCGAUUUGAGACAGCCGAAAAGCCCGAUUCAGUAAUCGCCUUCUUCAGAAACAACGGAUUCUCCCACUCUCAGAUAAAUAGCAUUAUUAGAAGGGCACCCAAGGUGCUUACAUGCAACCCCCACAAAAGGGUUUUUCCAAAGUUUGAAUUUUUAAUCUCCAACGGUCUUACCAAAUCUGACAUUGUUCAACUGGUGACUGGGUGCCCUAGAUUCCUCUCUUCAAGCCUCGAAAAUUGCAUAGUCCCUUCCUAUGAAUUGGUGAGAAGGUUCCUUCAAUCUGAUAAGGAAAUUAUUGGUUGUAUACUCGCUGGUAGAAAUUUCCUAUCUUAUAAACUUGUCGAACGAAAUGUGAGAUUGUUGCUUGAAGAUGGAGUCUCUGACUCCAACAUCACCUAUUUGUUACGAAGAAGACCUACUAUUCUCUUGACCGGUGACAUGAGGAGGGCCUUGGAUGAAGUUAAGGAAAUGGGGUUUGAUCCCUCUAAGGUAAGCUUUGGAAUGGCAUUGCAUGCCAAAAAGGGGAUUUCCAAAUCUAGGUGGGAUGCAAAAGUUGAUGCCUUUAAGAGCUGGGGUUGGUCUGAAGAAUUGGUUCUUUCUGCGUUUAGGCAGGCGCCCAUGGUUAUGUUAACAUCGAAGGAUAAGAUUAAUGAGGUGAUGAAAUUUUGGGUCAAUCAAUUAGGUUGGAACUCUUUGGCCCUUGCCCAAAGGCCUGCAAUUUUUGGAUAUAGUUUGGGAAAAAGGAUUGUUCCGAGGGGUUUGGUUGUGAAGCAUCUGAUUGCAAAAGGUUUGAGAAGAAAGAAUGCCAGCUUGUUUAACCCAUUUACUAUUCCUGACAACCUGUUUCUUGAAAAUUUUGUGAAAUGUUUUGAGGAGGAAAGUCAUCAAUUAUUAGAGCUAUACCAGGAAAAGAUGAGUGGUGGUUGGUCAUUGAGUUUAGAAAGGGACUGUAGAUGCUUUCCUGUGAUCCCUGCAAAAGGGUCUUGGUUUGAAUUUUCUCUCAAAAGGUCUGGUUCCGAAAUAGUUGACCUAGCGAUUACGUACCGAGGAGUACUGGCUCCAAGACUGAAGAAUCAUAUAGUCCCAACCUAUGAGUUGGCCAAAACCCCAAGGCCGAUCCCCAUUAGCUUAAUUUCCUCAUUGCCCUCAAAGUCACGGCCUCUCCCUUUUCAUUCCGCCUCCCUUCUCUACAUUUCCCAUGAGUUCCACUCAAUUUUCACUCAGUAUAACUGUUUCUCCCGGAAAUCGCUUCACUUCACUGCCCUGAUGAGUUGCCUACUCUUCAAAUCCCUUCUUCUCCGUCCGGAAGGAAUCAUAAGAAUACCGUUUCCAACCCCAAAAUGGACUCCUUUUCUAUCAACAUUCUCUUGGAAAUCCAGCUCCAUCACUUCAGAGCAACAUUCAUUCACUGUUUCAUACCUCAUAAACAAUCGUGGGUUCUCACCAGAAACUGCUCUCAAGGCCUCCAAGUUAGUUCAAUUCGAGACCGCUGAAAAGCCCGAUUCAGUUAUCGCCUUCUUCAGAAACAACGGAUUCUCCAACUAUCAGAUAAAUAACAUUGUUAGAAGUGCACCCAAUGUGCUUACCUGCGAUCCCCACAAAAGGGUUUUGCCAAAGAUUGAAUUUUUACACUCUAAAGUUACUUCCAUUCCAGACGUUGUUGAAUUGGUGAAUAGGAGCCCCAGAAUCUUCUACGCAAGCCUCGAGAAAAGCACAAUCCCUACCUAUGAAUGCGUGAGAAGGUACCUUAAAUCUGAUAAGGAAACCGUUUAUUCUAUUCUCGCUUGUCGACAUUUCUUUGGCACUGACCGUGUUGUACAAAAUGUGAGAUUAUUGCGUGAUGUUGGAGCCACUGAUUCAAACAUUUCCCAGUUGUUACGUAGAAGGCUUUCUGUGAUAUUGUCUUCUAACAUGAGGGGCGUCGUGGAUGAAGUUACGGAAAUGGGUUUUGAUCCUUCCAAGUCAAAUUUUAUGAUUGCAUUGCUAGCCAAAAAGGUUAUUCCCAAAUCCCGGUGGAAUGCAAAAGUUAACGCCCUCAAGAGUUGGGGUUGGUCUGAAGAAUUGAUUCUUCAUGUGUUUAAGAGAGCCCCUUUAAUCAUGUUAUCAUCUGAGGGUAAAAUUAAUAAGGUGAUGGGAUUUUGGGUUAAUCAGUUAGGUUGGAACUCUUUGGCCAUUGCUAAGAAGCCUGAGAUUUUUGGAUUUAGUUUGGAGAAAAGGAUCAUUCCAAGGGCUUUUGUUGUCCAGUAUCUACUUGCAAAAGGUUUGAGAAAAGAGAGUGCCAGCCUGCUUACCCCAUUUGCGGUUUCUGAAACGGUGUUUCUUGAGAAAUAUGUGAAAUCUUUUGAGGAGGACACGUGUCAAUUAUUGAAGCUGUACCAGGGGAAAAUGAGUUCUUAAAGA